AUGACAUCCCUAUUAUCUCCUCAAGUAGGUAAGGUACAUGAGUAUUUGCCUAGAUUAACUGCAUUUGAAUUUGAUGCUAAUAAGGACAAUACACCCACCCCAAAUGUAGUUUUAUUCAUUGGUGGUUUAAGUGACGGUUUAUUGACCGUUCCCUAUUUGCCAAGAUUGGCGGAGUCAAUCGGGUCAAUUGAUUCUGAACAUGGAAAAUGGGUACUUGUGCAGGCGUUGAUAUCAUCAUCGUAUCUGGGAUGGGGCACAGGAUCACUAGAAGCAGAUGCCAAAGAACUUAGUCUUCUUGUGAGGUAUCUCAGAUCUGAAAAGGGAGGUUCUCGUAAGAAGAUUGUGCUUAUGGGACAUCUGACAGGAUGUCAAGAUGCCAUGCAAUAUUUAACAAAAUUGUGCAAGAAGACGGAUGUUGCUGAAGACAUAUUGUUGGAUGGGGUCAUUUUGCAAGCACCUGUUUCCGAUAGAGAGGCAGUAGGACAUUAUAUGGGGGGUCCGAAGAAGUUGGAACCGUUACUUGAGAAAUGUGAAAAAGAGUAUCUUUCUGUCGGAAAGGCUAAAUAUAUAUUACCCCAUGAGUUUGACAUAUUUGAAACCCCUGUCACAGCGUAUCGUUUUUACUCGUUGAUGAGUGUUAGAGGAGACGAUGAUUAUUUUUCGUCCGAUCUCAAUCCCGAGGACUUCAAACAGACUUUUGGUGUUUUUGAUAGACCUUUGUUGGUGUUAUAUGGGUCUAAAGACGAGUGUGUUCCAAAUUUUGUCGAUAGAGAACGCUUAGUAGAACUGUGGAAAAAUGCAACCGACUCCAAGUAUUGGAGUCCAUUAAGUAAAGUUUUGAAAGGAGCGUCACAUAAUAUUGGACCUACAUCUGAUGAAGGGACUAUAGACGACUUUCUUGAGACUGUUCACAAAUUUAUUCUGUCAAUUUAG